CGAAAGACGAACAGUGUGGCACUGUACUCGAAAAAAACUGCACCUGAGAAAAUUAUAUUAUAAAAAGUUGGAAAAAGAUAAAAUAAUAAAACUAGAAAGAAAGAAAACAUAAAAGUAAAAAGAAACAAAAGCAAGAUAUAAGAAACCAAGUCUGCUCUGAAGUUGAUCAACAAAAAGAAAGAUUAGCUUUCACUUACUUCCACUGAAGAAAAAAAAAAGAAGCCUUUCGGAUCAUUCAACCAAACAACAAAAAAUAUGACUCACCCAUCAUCGACCUUCAAACCAAAGUUAAACGACCCACAGUUUAUGGAGCUUGUGUUUGAGAAUGGGCAGAUUCUUGCCAAGGGCCAAAGAUCCGACCUUUCUCUUCUGAAUCCACGUACGAAAUCAAUCAUGGAUUUGUAUGAGGCUGAGUACAACGAGGAUUUCUUGAAGAGUAUCAACAAUUUCGGAGACACACAGGUUGUUCUACAAAAUCAUCUUGUUGCUGCUCCAGAUACAAACAUGUUGGAAAGCGAUAAACAUGUUGAUGGUUCAACUUUGAUUGAGACUUUCAAAGCUUCUUCAUCAAAGAGGAUGACGAUGAAUUAUUUUAACCGAAAGAAGAUCGAGUUUCUACCUCCUGAUGAGCAAUCUGUGGUUGCUGAAAGGACCGUGGAAUCGAGCUUUGACACUUCCUCUGCAGGUUUCACUGAAGACAGUCAAGGAUCGACGUAUCUAAGCAGUAGUCUAGAUGAAGAGUCAGAUGAUGGGAGGCCACGUGUUUCUGAAAGAACAAGAAAAGCUUUGGUCAAAAGAAAACGAAAUGCAGAAGCUUGUCAUUCACCUGAAAGAAAGCAAAGAAACGAUAUCAACAAGAAAAUGCGUACUUUGCAGGAUCUACUACCUAACUGUCGCAAGGACGACAACAAAUCGAUGUUGGGAGAAGCAAUCAAUUAUAUGACGAACCUUCAACUUCAAGUUCAGAUGAUGACGAUGGGUAACAGAUUUGUUACACCAUCAACGUUGUUGCCUUUGGGGACGCAUUACUCUCAGAUGGGUGUAGCAAUGGGUAUGGGAAUGCAAAUGGGAGCACCACAGUUUCUGCCUGGGCAUAUUUUAGGAGCAGGCUUGCCUGGGAUUAAUAAUUCAGCUAAUAUGCUCACGUUUCUCAACCAUCCUGGACUAGCGCCAAUGCAAAACUCUGCUCCUUUCACUCCAACAGAAAAAUGCUCCCCACAAUCUGUCUGGCCAUCGUAUGCUACUUUCCCUGAUCAGAUACCAAACCCCACAUUUUUGUCAACCUUAGAUGGUGCAACCCUACACAAGAAAUCAUGGAACACUAACAGAUGGAGGAAUUCUCUCUGGUAAAAAAUCUGGAAACCCCUGAGCAGAUGAAACAAACAGAAUGGUGAUAGUUACCUGUUGAUUCAUGGUCUUCUUCUUCUCGAGAAUACUAGAGCCAUCGCAAGGUGAACCAUACAGAUCCAAAAGAGCACUACAACAACAGAACAAAUACCAUGAAAGGAUCUCCUCAACUUUCUCUUUUUAAUAGUGCUAGCUUUUGUAGUUCAUGUAACAUAUAGGAUAGGAGCUAUAGGAAAUUAGGAAUAAUAAUUGUGACUCGCAAGUAGUAGUUUUCUUUGGAUGACAAACACUGCAUGUUAGAGAAUUUAAUAAAAUAUGAACCACUAUCAGAGUAAACAAAAUCAUAAUUCGACC